AUGGAAAGGCUGAAGCAGAUGGAGGAUGACUCUAUCUACAAUAUGAGUCAGAGCAGGGGAUUUUCUGUUCCCCCACCUUUGCCUAUGUCUUGUAAUGACGAGCCCUCAGAACUGUAUGAAAUUGUCUUAAGGCACAGUCAAUAUCCACCCAUCCUCCAAUCUAAUUCAUGGACCCUAGCAGUUCCCUUUAAAGAGCAACGUCACCACCGCACUCCCAGUGAGUCUAUUGCGAACAACUACAGCCCCAGGGUGCAGGACCUCAAGAUUAAUAAGCUCCAGCACAGACGCAAAACUGUACGCCAAUCUUUGGCAAAAUCAGCAAAACCUUCAUAUAUCCCUCCAGAAAGGAGCCAAGCAAUUACACUGAGGAAAAGGAAUACAUCUUCUCAGGCUUCAAUCUCACCUCGGUCAAAGCCCAGAUCAAGACACUUUCGCCUUCCCACCAGCCGACCUCUGAGUCCUAAACAGCAGCUGGAUAUCAUGUACAGACAAGAGGAGAAGAUAAAGACCAAGGAGGGGGAACCUAAUGACAGAGACCUGGAAAGGUAUAUGCACUACAUCACCUCUGGUGUCCCCAGCUCUGUGCUGGCACCGCAGCCCUGCCAGCAGAUGAUAAACAUCAUUCACCUGCUGCCUCCCGACACUGAGGAUAGUAGUAAAACCCUCCAGAAUGUGAGGGCAAACUUAAAGGAUGAGGUCAAAAUAAAUUAUUACUCCAGCCUCAAGAAGAGCAUAGUGGACUACAUUCUGAUGGACCCAUCUGAGCGUCAGCGGCUGUCUAUUUCCAGUGUCCCCAAACCCUUUCCCAUGAGGGUGAUCCGUGCCCCAGUUCCCUGGGCAACUGGUUACAGGGAGGCCCACAUGUGGCUGGGCCAACAUCUGUUUACUGUCAGUCACAUUAUGCUUCUUCUUCAGGACGUGUGGCUAAGCAGCUUCUCUUCCUUGAGAUUUGUCCGACUAGAGGACCUUUUCUCCACCAGCCUCCCCUUCCUGCCAUCUGAGUUUGAAGAGUUUGUCCAGAAACAGUGCCAAAACACAAGAGAUGAACUGGUCCAAAAGUGGCUGCCUCUCUGUGCAUCACUCUUUGACAAUGAGAGUGAGCAGCAGCCUCCCGUCGACGUUCAGGAGUUCUUCAGCUGUGUGGCUGUUCUCAUGUCCCUGCAGCUCCGAAGCUUGGUCAUAGAAUCACUGCAUGACCUGUUGUAUUUCUUAACUAUACAUGAGGGUGGCAACGAUUUCGGCGAUGUGUUUGACGAGAUGAAGUUUGUGCAGUCUCAGGUGCUGCUGGUAAAGCUGCGAGUUAAUGAGGAUCACGUUGAAUUUAGUCCGAGCUUUCAGGAAUGCUGGGAGCUCAUCCACCGAGCCUUCAUGGAAAUCAUCAAGAGUGCUGAAGAGCUCCAAAGGGUGGAAUGUCACCUCUUUCCAGCUUGCAAUAGUUUGUUCCUACGCACCGUCAAUCCUGACGAGCCACUGGUUACGGACCUCAUCAACAAAGCCAGAGAGGUGUUCCAAAAAAACACUCUGGGACCUGAAAAGUAUUUGAAUGUAUAUCAAAAAUACAACGAUCUACUGGACCACACAGCCAAACAGGAGGUAUCAGCCUUUCUCAAAGAAAAACAGUCAUUAGAAGGAUUAACAGAGAAAAUCGAGAGCAUUCAUCUGAUAAGGAAGGAGAUUGCCUCGCUGCGAGUCACUGUGCCCCUGUCUAUGUUUUGUCUGUAUGCUGGCGACCUUAACGAUGACCUGUGUGAGCGAGCUAAGAGACUCAAAGACAAGAUCAUCAUCAUUGAAGUGGAGGAGAACCGAGAGCUGAACAAGGGGAUUUGUCAAAAAUAUGAUGAGAUAACAGAGACGGUCCGAACCCCGCCAAAAACCACAGAGGAGUUGGUUUCUCUCAAUCAGUACAUUAAAAAGUCCAGGGAAGUGACCGUUCACAAGCUGAUAGAUGAAAUUAACGAGGCAACAUACCGGGUUAGCUUCCUCCUGGACUAUGCCACUCUUCACUCUGAUGACUUGAGGCUUAACUCCCGUGUUUUCCAGUGGCCCUAUCAGAUCCUGAUUGAGCUUGAAGACAGCAAGACUUCUCUAGCAACGAUGAGAGAAGAGGCUGAGGACUACCUCCAAACAAGGGUGUUUAACUUCGACCAGAGGCUACAGGAUGUGAACAAGGAGAUACAGGCCUUUAGGGAGAAUGAAAUGAUGAACAUGGAAGAGAUGAAGAACAAUGUAGGAAAUCUGGCUCAAAUUACUGCCAACCUGGAGUCUGCUCUUACUGAACUAGAGGAUAUUAACAAAGAGCAGACUUUGCUGGAGAGGGAACAGAGCCAGUUCCCAAUGGUCCAGACUCUGAUAGCUGACAAACAACCAUAUGAACAGCUGUGGACUAUAGCACUAAACUUCCAAACCAUGUCAGAAGAGUGGAUGAACGGACCUUUCCGACUCCUGGAUGCUGAGAAAAUCUCAGAGGAGCUGGACACCAUGUGGAGGACAAUGCAUAAACUGACAAAGUCUUUCUCUAAUCUCCCUGGGCCUUGUCGUGUGGCUAAAAUCUUCAAAAGCAAGUUAGACCUGUUUAAGCAGCACCUUCCCAUCCUGACGACCAUCUGCAACCCCGGCAUCAGAGACCGCCACUGGGAGAAGAUCGGCAGUGUUGUGGGCUUUGAAGUCAAGCCAGAUGUGGACAGUUCACUGAUGAGCAUGUUGGAGCUGGGGCUUUCCAAGUUCUCUGCUAAGUUGGAGGAGAUUGGAGCAUCAGCCAGUAAAGAGUACUCUCUGGAAAAAUCCAUGGAUAAGAUGAAAACUGAAUGGGUGGAACUACGUUUUUCCUUAAUUCCGUACAGAGAUACAGGAACGAGUAUCGUGUCGGCAGUGGAUGACAUCCAGGUGCUUCUUGAUGACCACGUCAUUAAGACGCAGACCAUGAGAGGUUCACCUUUCAUCAAGCCAAUAGAAGCAGAAUGUAAGGAAUGGGAGGACAAGCUGCUGAAUAUGCAGGACAUCAUAGACUCUAUGUUGACAUGCCAGUCGACUUGGCUCUACCUUGAACCAAUCUUCAGCUCUGAGGACAUCAUUGCACAGAUGCCCGAGGAGGGACGCAAGUUUGGCAUCGUGGACGGCUACUGGAAAAACAUCAUGGCUGAAGUGGUUAAGGACACACAUGUGCUGGUGGCCACAGACCAGCCCAACAUGCUGAAACGGUUACAGGAGUCCAACGUGUUUCUAGAUGACAUCCAAAAAGGCCUCAAUACCUACCUGGAAAAGAAGAGGCUCUAUUUCCCAAGGUUCUUCUUCCUUUCCAACGAUGAGCUGCUGGAGAUCCUGUCUCAGACUAAAGACCCUCUGUGUGUGCAGCCCCACCUGAAGAAGUGCUUUGAGGGCAUCGCCAAACUGGAGUUCACCAAGGACAUGGCGAUCACUGGCAUGAUCAGCUCUGAGAAAGAGACCAUUCCCUUCACAGAAAAGAUUUACCCAGCCCAUGCAAAGGGUAUGGUUGAGAAGUGGCUUCUGCAGGUGGAGAAACUCAUGUUACGGAGUGUUCUGCAUGUUAUCCAUCAAGGAGUGAUCCAGUACACAGGGCUGCCCAGGAAGAAGUGGGUGUUGCAGUGGCCUGGCCAAGUUGUCAUUUGUGCCUCCUCCAUUUUUUGGACAACUGAAGUAUCUGAAGCCAUCCAGACUAAUUCUUUGCCUACCUAUGUGGAGCAGUGCAACGCCCAGAUCGCGGACAUCGUGGAGCUGGUGCGUGGGAAGCUGCCAGGAGGGGCGAGGAUGACCCUUGGCGCCCUCACUGUUAUAGAUGUUCAUGCUCGAGAUGUUGUAGCCAAACUGGCAGACGACCGCAUCUCCUCACUGAAUGACUUUGCAUGGAUUUCUCAGCUGCGUUACUUCUGGGAGGACGGCGAAGUGAUGCUGCGUAUGAUCACCACCUGCUUGAAAUAUGGCUAUGAGUACCUGGGCAAUUCUCCCCGCCUUGUUAUCACACCACUUACAGACCGCUGCUACAGAACUCUGAUGGGGGCUUUGAAGUUGAAUUUGGGUGGUGCUCCUGAGGGUCCUGCAGGAACUGGCAAGACUGAGACCACAAAAGAUCUGGCUAAAGCCCUGGCUAAACAGUGUGUGGUGUUCAACUGCUCCGAUGGUCUGGACUACAAAGCUAUGAGUAAGUUCUUCAAAGGACUGGCUCAGUCUGGAGCUUGGGCCUGCUUUGACGAGUUUAAUCGUAUUGAGGUGGAGGUGCUCUCUGUGGUGGCACAGCAGGUCCUCUGCAUACAGCAGGCCGUUGCCAAAGAUCUGAAGACCUUCAUGUUUGAGGGGACAGAGCUAUCACUUAACCCAACCUGCUCUGUGUUCAUCACCAUGAACCCGGGUUACGCUGGUAGAGCCGAGCUUCCUGAUAACCUGAAGGCUCUUUUCCGUACGGUGGCCAUGAUGGUGCCGGACUAUGGUCUCAUUGGAGAAAUCUCCUUAUACUCCAUGGGCUUCAUCGAAUCUCGCAGUCUGGCUCAGAAAAUUGUGGCCACCUACCGCUUGUGCUCUGAGCAGCUCUCCUCCCAGCACCACUAUGACUAUGGCAUGCGAGCUGUGAAGUCUGUGCUGACUGCAGCAGGAAAUCUGAAGCUGAAGUACCCUGAGGAGAACGAGAGCGUGCUGCUGCUAAGGGCACUGAUGGAUGUCAACAUGGCUAAGUUUUUAGCACAGGAUGUACCACUGUUUCAGGGUAUCAUCUCUGAUUUAUUCCCUGGCAUCGUCCUUCCAAAACCAGACUAUGAUCUCUUCCUCGAGGCUCUUAAUGACAAUAUUGCCAAGCUCAAUCUCCAGCCCGUCCCGUGGUUCAUAGGCAAAAUUAUCCAGGUGUAUGAGAUGAUGUUGGUUCGCCAUGGUUUCAUGAUCGUAGGAGACCCUCUGGGAGGAAAGACUUCUGCAUAUAAAGUUCUUGCUGCUGCCCUUGGAGACCUUCAUAAAGCCAAGUUAAUGGAGGAGUUUGCAGUAAAUUACCUCAUCAUCAACCCCAAGGCCAUCACCAUGGGCCAGCUGUACGGCUGCUUCGAUCCAGUCAGCCAUGAAUGGUCCGACGGUGUACUGGCCACCUCCUUCAGGGAUCAGGCUAGUUCCACAUCAGAGAAUCGACAGUGGAUCGUCUUUGAUGGGCCCAUUGAUGCUGUCUGGAUUGAGAACAUGAAUACUGUUUUGGACGACAACAAGAAGCUUUGUCUGAUGAGUGGUGAGAUCAUCCAGAUGAGUUCAAAAAUGAGCCUGAUCUUCGAAACUGCUGACCUGGAGCAAGCUUCUCCGGCUACCGUCAGCAGAUGUGGUAUGAUCUACAUGGAACCUCAACAGCUAGGUUGGAGCCCCCUCAGAGAUUCCUACAUGAACACUCUGCCUGAAAGCCUGAAUGAUGAGCAUAGAGAACUGAUAGUAGAUCUGUUUGAUUGGCUAGUUCAGCCCUGUGUUGACUUCAUAGACAGGGAGUGUCGCUUUGUGGUUCAAACAUCUUCAAUUCACUUGACCUACAGUCUAAUAAAGUUGUACACCUGCCUGAUGGAUGAAAUUGCUGAGUCAGGAGCAAACGGUACAUCCAUGUCCAGCCAGCAGAUAACCAUGUGGCUGCAGGGUCUGUUCCUAUUUGGAGUUGUGUGGACUCUGGGUGGGACCAUCACUGGGGAGAGUCGUAAGAGGUUUGAUAGCUUCUAUCGCAAUCUGAUCAUGGGCAUGGACGAUGAGCACCCUCGACCUAAGAGCAUCAAACUCAAAAAGAACAACCUCUUCCCCGAAAGAGGUACUGUCUAUGACUUCUACUUUCACAAGGAUGGACAAGGACAGUGGAAUGCAUGGACCGAUUCAAUCACAAAUGAAGAAAACGUCAUUCCAGCUGGAGCUAACAUAUCAGACCUCAUCAUCCCAACCAUGGAGACAGCACGUCAGCUUUUUUUCCUGCGUACCUACCUGGCACAUGAAAUACCCAUGUUGUUUGUCGGGCCCACUGGCACUGGCAAGUCUGUUAUUAACAAAAGCUUCCUGGUAAAACUUCCCAAAGAGCUGUACACACCAAACUGUAUCAACUUCUCAGCUCGCACCUCCGCAAAUCAGACCCAAGACAUCAUCAUGGCCAAGCUGGACCGAAGGAGGAAGGGUGUGUUUGGACCUCCUGUGGGAAAGAAGUGUGUCGUCUAUGUUGACGAUCUGAACAUGCCUGCUAAGGAAAUCUAUGGCGCCCAGCCACCAAUUGAACUGUUGAGACAGUGGAUUGACCAUUAUCAUUGGUACGACAAGAAAGACACCUCCAGACUAAAUAUAGUGGACGUCCUGUUUUUGUCUGCAAUGGGGCCCCCAGGUGGUGGCAAAAAUGAAAUCACAGGCCGCCUCACUCGUCAUUUGAAUGUCAUCUCGAUUGAUUCCUUUGAUGACGAGACACUGACCAAGAUAUUCAGCUCCAUCACUGACUGGCACUUCAGCAAGGGCUUCGAUGCCACUUUCUACAGGCUUGGCAAGAUCAUGGUCCAGGCCACCAUGGCGGUCUAUAAAGAUACCAUGGACAGCUUCCUCCCCACCCCAUCAAAGUCCCACUACAUCUUCAACCUGCGGGACUUUGCUCGAGUUAUAAGAGGCGUGCUCCUGGCUCCACAUACACACAUGCAGAAUGGAGAUAAACUGAUCCGCCUGUGGAUCCAUGAGGUGUACCGCGUAUUCUAUGACCGACUCAUUGACAGUGAAGACAAGGAGACGUUCUUUAGCAUCGUCAAAGAGAGAACCUCAGGCUACUUUAAACAGAGUGUGGAAAAGCUCCUGGGCCAUCUGAGUCCUGAUGGAGAAGUAGCGGACGAGAGCAUCCGUAGCUUGUUCUUUGGCGACUAUGCCAAUCCUGAUUCUGAUGUUAAGGCCUACGAUGAAAUCACAGACUUGCAUGCCUUACAAGAAGUCAUGGAGUUCUACCUGGAUGAGUUCAACAGCUGCAGCAAGGCGCCCAUGUCCCUUGUGAUGUUCAAAUUUGCCAUUGAGCACAUUUCCCGAAUCUGUCGGGUGCUGAAACAAGACAACGGCCACCUGCUGCUCGUGGGCAUUGGUGGUUCAGGGCGUCAGAGCACCACGAAGCUAGGCACCUUCAUCAAUGAUUAUGACCCGUUCCAGAUUGAGUUAACCAAGAACUACAACAUGUCAGACUGGAGGGAUGACCUGAAGCGGAUCAUGCUUAAAGCAGGCAUUGAGGGAAAGAACCUGGUGUUCCUGUUCAAUGACAGUCAAAUCAAGGACGAAGCCAUGUUAGAAGACAUCAACAUGCUGCUCAACACUGGGGAUGUCCCCAAUAUCUUUGCAGCAGAUGAACGUGCUGACAUCAUUGAGAAAGUGCAGGGAAUUGCCCGGAUGGAGGGCAAGAAAAUUGACGCAACUCCACUUUCUAUGUACAACUUCUUCAUUGACCGUGUAAAGACAAACCUUCACAUUGUGCUUGCUAUGAGUCCUAUCGGUGAUGCAUUCAGGAACCGACUCAGAAUGUUCCCCUCUCUUAUCAACUGCUGCACCAUUGACUGGUUCCACGCAUGGCCAGAAGAUGCUCUCGAGAUGGUGGCACACAAAUUCCUAGAGGAUGUGGAAAUGGACAGUGACAUCAGAAUGGAAGUGGUGGAGAUGUGCAAGACAUUCCAGACAAGAGUCCGAGAGAUGUCUGAAAAGUACUUCUCCGGACUGAGGAGGCACAACUACGUCACCCCCACCUCUUAUCUUGAGCUCAUCCUCACCUUCAAGACUCUGCUCAAUUUGAAAAGGAAUGAAGUUGACACUGCAAGGAACCGUUAUAUCGUUGGUCUUCAGAAACUGGAGUUUGCUGCGUCUCAGGUGUCAGUGAUGCAGGAGGAGCUGACGGCCUUGCAGCCAGAGCUCAUCAAGACCUCAGCGGAAACAGAUAAGAUGAUGGUUAAGAUAGAGGGGGAAACAGUGGAGGUGGACGCUAAGAAAGAACUUGUGUCUGCUGAUGAGCAAGUGGCCAAUGAGGCAGCAGCUGCAGCCAAAGCUAUUAAGGAUGAGUGUGAGGGAGACCUGGCAGAAGCGAUGCCUGCUUUAGAGGCUGCCCUUUCAGCCCUGGACACUUUAAAACCUUCAGAUAUUACUGUAGUGAAGUCUAUGCAGAACCCCCCCGGUCUAGUCAAACUGGUCAUGGAGUCCAUCUGUAUCAUGAAGGGCAUCAAACCUGAGAGAAAACCGGAUCCUGGUGGCUCAGGUAAGAUGGUUGAAGACUUCUGGGGUCCCUCCAAAAAGCUUCUUGGAGACCUGAAGUUUCUGGAAAGCCUUAAAGCCUACGACAGAGACAACAUUCCUGCCUCAAACAUCAAGAAAAUCAGGGAUAAGUUCGUCGACAACCCAGAAUUCCAGCCGUCUGUCAUUAAAAACGUUUCCUCGGCUUGUGAGGGUCUCUGCAAAUGGGUGCGAGCCAUGGAGGUGUAUGAGCGUGUCGCCAAAGUGGUCGCCCCGAAGCAGGAGAGACUAAACCAGGCUGAGAAGGAGCUCGGCGUGCAGAUGGGAAUGUUGGCUGUGAAAAGAGCUGAGCUGAAGGAAGUAGAGGACAGACUGCAGAGCCUGAAUGAUGACUUGGCUGCCAUGAUCGACAAGAAGAACGACUUGGAGAGCAACAUUGAGCUGUGUUCUCAGAAGCUGAUCAGGGCAGAGAAGCUGAUUGGAGGGCUGGGUGGAGAGAAGGACAGAUGGACAGAGGCUGCAAGGCAACUAGAGAUCAGAUACACCAACCUGACAGGAGACAUACUCCUCUCUUCAGGAAUUGUAUCGUACCUCGGGGCCUUCACCGUAGACUACCGUAGAGAGUGUCAGGAGCAGUGGCAUGUCCUCUGCCAGGAGAAGAAAAUCCCCUGCUCUGAGGACUUCACCCUCAUCAACACUCUGGGUAACCAGGUGUCCAUUAGGGCAUGGCAGAUAGCCGGACUGCCAGUGGACUCAUUCUCCACAGACAACGGCAUCAUCGUGUUUAACUCCCGUCGUUGGCCGCUAAUGAUCGACCCUCAAGGUCAGGCCAACAAGUGGAUCAAGAACAUGGAGAAGGCAAAUAAACUGGCUGUUAUUAAACUCUCUGAUGGAAACUACGUGAGGGUUUUGGAGAACUGCAUCCAGUUUGGUACUCCAGUUCUUCUGGAGAACGUUGGCGAGGAACUCGAUCCAGUGCUUGAGCCUGUGUUGCUGAAGCAGACCUUCAAACAGCAAGGCGUCGACUACAUGAAAAUAGGGGAGAAUAUCGUGGAAUAUUCUAAAGACUUUUUGUUUUAUAUGACCACAGGACUGAGAAACCCUCACUACCUCCCAGAGGUGGCUGUCAAAGUCUGUUUGUUGAACUUCAUGAUCACACCACAAGGCCUACAGGACCAGCUCUUGGGGCUCGUAGCAGCCAAAGAGAAACCGGAGCUGGAGGAGAAGAAGAACCAGCUCAUCCUGGAGAGCGCCGCCAACAACAAGCAGCUGAAGGAGAUCGAGGAUAAGAUCUUACAAGUGCUCUCGUCUUCUGAGGGAAACAUUCUGGAGGAUGAGACGGCCAUUAAGAUUUUGUCAUCGUCCAAAAUCCUCUCUGAGGAGAUCUCAGAGAAGCAAAAGAUUGCCAGUGUGACAGAGAAAGAGAUAGAUGAAACUCGCAUGGGUUACCGUCCUGUGGCUGAACACUCGUCCAUUUUAUUUUUCUGCAUCUCAGAAUUGGCCAACAUAGAGCCCAUGUACCAAUACUCCCUGACCUGGUUCAUUAACCUCUACCUGUACUCCAUUGCAGACAGCGUGAAGAGCGAUGACGUAGCUGAGCGGAUCAACAACAUAGUCGAUCACUUCACCCUCAGCAUCUACAACAAUGUGUGUCGCUCGCUCUUUGAGAAGGACAAACUGCUUUUCUCCCUGCUGCUCACUGUAGGCAUCAUGCAGGGUAAGGGUCAGGUCGACGACCAAGUGUGGCGCUUUCUGCUCACAGGUGGCAUUGCUUUAGAUAACCCUCACGCUAACCCUGCUCCAGAGUGGCUCUCUGAAAAAUCCUGGUCUGAAAUCGUCAGGGCAUCCAAACUUCCAAAAUUGGACGGUUUCUUGGAGCAUGUCCAAGAAAACAUCUCGGAAUGGAAGAAACUCUAUGAUUCAGGGCGGCCCCACAAGGAACAGUUACCUGACCAGUGGAGUGUGUUGGUGGGGAUGGACAGAAUGGUGGUCAUCAGGUGCUUCAGGCCGGAUAAACUCGUCCCAGCAGUGCAGGAUUUCAUUGUGAAUUACAUGGGACAGGCUUACAUUGAACCACCCACAUUUGAUCUUGCAGGGAGUUACAAAGACUCCAACUGCUGCUCUCCUCUCAUCUUUGUGUUGUCUCCAGGAUCUGAUCCAACUGCAGGUUUGCUGAAGUUCGCUGAUGACCGAGAAAUGGGAGGCAGCAAGAUCCAAACCAUUUCUCUGGGACAGGGUCAAGGACCAAUAGCAGCUCUGAUGAUUGAAAAAGCCAUCAAAGAGGGCACCUGGGUGGUACUGCAGAACUGCCACUUGGCCACCAGCUGGAUGCCCGCUCUAGAGACGAUCUGUGAGGAGACCAUCAACCCAGAGUCCACACACCCAAGCUUUAGGUUGUGGUUAACCAGCUAUCCAUCUGACAAGUUCCCCAUCAGCAUCCUGCAGAAUGGGCUGAAAAUGACCAACGAGCCUCCUAAAGGAAUCAGAGCUAACCUGUUGCGUUCCUACCUGAGUCACCCCAUCUCUGACCCUUCCUUCUUCAUGAGCUCCAAGAAACAAGUCAUUUGGCAGAAGUUUCUGUUUGGUCUCACCUUCUUCCACGCUCUGGUACAAGAGAGGAGGAACUUUGGACCUCUGGGUUGGAAUAUCCCCUACGAGUUUAAUGAGUCGGACCUGAGCAUAAGUAUGAGGCAGAUCCAGAUGUUCCUGGAUGAGUAUGUUGAAGUUCCACUGGAGGCCCUUGCAUACCUUACAGGUGAGUGUAACUAUGGCGGCAGGGUGACUGAUGACAAAGACAGACGCCUGCUGUUGUCGCUUCUGUCAAUCUUCUACAGCUGGGAGCUUAUUGAGCAGGAAGGCUAUCACCUGUGUGAGGGGGAUCAGUAUUAUGUCCCGGCUCACGGCCCCUAUCAGACUUACAUCAACUACAUUUGCAGUCUUCCAAUUUUUGCUGAUCCGUGUGUGUUCGGACUCCAUAGCAACGCUGACAUCACUAAGGACAAUCAAGAAACCAAUCAGCUCCUGGAUGGAGUACUGCUGACUCUGCCUAGACAGACAGGGGGCGGGGCUAAGUCUCCUCAGGAGGUGGUAGAUGAGCUUGCAGAAGACAUCCUGUCUAAGCUGCCAGCAGACUUUGACAUACAGAUGGUGAUUGAUAAAUACCCGGUCAUGUAUGAGGAGUCUAUGAAUACGGUUUUGAGGCAGGAAAUUAUCCGCUUUAACAGACUCACUCAUGUGGUCCGCAUCAGCUUGAUUGACAUCCGCAAAGCUCUGAAGGGCCAGAUCGUCAUGUCUGCUGAACUCGAGAACGUCUUUAACAGCAUGCUGGUGGGCAAGGUGCCUGCUAUGUGGGCAGCCAAGUCAUACCCAUCGCUCAAACCAAUGGGGAGCUACGUGACAGAUCUUUUAGCCAGGCUGCAGUUCUUACAAGACUGGAUAGAUAGCGGCCCGCCUACAGUCUUCUGGCUCUCUGGCUUUUACUUCACACAGUCAUUUCUGACAGGAGUGGCUCAGAAUUUCGCCAGGAAGUACACAAUACCCAUAGACUACAUUGGCUUUGAAUUUGAGGUAACCAAAGAGGAAAGCCAUAUGGAGGAAAAGCCAGAGGACGGGGCCUAUGUGCGGGGUCUUUUCAUGGAGGGGGCUCGCUGGGACAGAGAGAACAUGGUCAUUGGAGAAUCUCUUCCCAAGAUCCUCUUUGACUCUCUGCCAAUCAUCAAGCUCCACCCAGGAGAAAUGUCGGAGUUUAAACAUGAAGACAUCUACGUUAGUCCUGUUUACAAAACCAGCGCUCGCAGAGGGACACUGUCCACAACGGGCCACUCCACCAAUUACGUCAUGUCCAUUGAGCUGCCCUCCGACAAGCCACAGAAACACUGGGUUAACCGUGGGGUGGCAUGCCUCUGCCAGCUGGAUGACUGAGAACAAUCAUCAAUCGAUUCAAUCUAUUACACUAUUAAAGAAAACUGCAUGUGCCAAAGAAAGUCCAUGUGUUUGUAUGCCAAAGAUAAACAGGAGCAAAGUAACACAAUUAGCCACUCAUUUGCCCAAGUUAGCUAACCAAAAACACCAAACAUUUUCUUCUUUAUUAAUUUAAUUUUAUGGCCGCAUGUUUAAUGAGAUUUAUUAAAAAGUGAGUGUUAGUUUAGCUUUUUUGAACUCCAAUCUGUGAGCUACACAUUUUGUUGACAUGGAGGAUGUUUUUUUAUCACACUUGGUUUAAAAACAGCUUCAUAUUUAAAUUGUCUUUGAAUCUAGCAACUGGUGGCAUCACAAGAUGAAAACAGCUGUUACUGAUAUAUUUGCACAAUGAAGCACUAUUAGAAUUUGUGUUCCUUUAUUU